AUGGCAGGUGCACCGCCGGCGACAGCGGUCGACGGCAACGAAGUGCACUCCGUCUCCGAUAUCGAGAGCGGCAGGGUAGUGGUCUCCGCUGCUGCUGCCGCCGCCCCCGCUUCGUCAUCCUCGGUCCCGGCCACCUUUGCGUCAGCGGCAACCGCCGCCGGCGGUUGCGGCGGGACAUCGGCGAACGGGGGCGUGGUGGCGCCGUCGUCUUCCCCUACGGCGGCGGGCGCCUCCUCCUCCUCCUCCGUCCUCUCUUCGGCCGCGCUUCUUGCCCUCGCGGGGCCGGAGAACUACGAGCACUUCCCGCAGCCGUUCUCGGGCCUCGACGUGCCCGUCCGGCCGUACGCGAGGUCGGCCUCCCGAUCCAGCGGCGGCGGCGGCGGCGGCGGCAGCGGGAGCGGUUUCGGCGAUACGGAGGCCGGCGGUGGCCUCGAGCGGCAGGACGACGGGGGUUUCGUGUCGAGCGGAGGAGGGCAAGAGGGGGAGGAGCUCGGGGGCGGGAGGGAGGAGGGGUGGGUGAGGCCCGAGAUCGAUGUGGCGGACCUGGUGAUGGACAACAACGAGUUCUACACCCCUCACGGCAAAAGCGGCGGCGGCGGCGGUGACUACAACAACGACAACAACAACAAUGGUGGUUACGAUGACGACAGUAGCACCUACAGCUCGCACACCAUCAGCACCAACAAGGCCCUGAGGGACGCCGUCGUUAUCGUGGCCGUGGCCUCCGCGGAGAUGAAAGCGCUCCAGAGGAAGAAUUCCUGCAGCGGCGGCGGCGGCAGCAGCGGUGGCGGCAACGGCAGCAACCGGUCCGACUCCUGCCGCCGGCCCCGCUUUGACACCGCUGCCGACGAGGGCAGCGUCGCUCGCGGCGGCCUCAACUCCGUCGCGGACGUCGACGACAACGGCCACCCGAGCUUACCACGAAAAGACGGCAAGCUGGAGGCGGCUGCGAAGGCCGGGGGCGCGGCGGCGGCGGCAGCGGCAUCAUCAUCGGCGGGACUGUCGGCGGGACUGUUCCGCGAUGAGACCCCGCCACUGCCUCCAGGUGGCGGCGUCACUACCCCUGGGAAGGACAGCACGGGCGUGUGGAGAUCAAGCGCAGGCAACAACCCCACAAACGUUAGGGACAACCGCGCGGCGGGGGGCGGACUUAGCGCCGGUUCGCAAGCGGCGGCGGCUCCCGUCGCCUCCACCCCUUUGCCGCCGACGCCGAGGUCGCUGCCCGGGCUCCUUUCCAUGUCGUUCGACAACAACAUGAUGGUGGAGGAGGGGCUCAGGCAGUCGCAGCCGAGGCUUUCGCCGCCCUCGGUGCUCAGGCGCUCGCAGGAGAGGCGGGCGUCGGAGCAGCACAAGGCGUGGCAGCAGCAGCAGCAGCAGCAGCACCUGCGGCGGCUGUGCAGCAGCAGCGUGGGCAGCAGCGGGGUGAGCACCAUCACGAGCGGGAGCAGCAGCGGGAGCCACGACUUCGACGACUGCUUCUACGAUGGCGGCGCUAACGACGACCGAGUCGGCCGGCACCAGCAGCGAAUCGCGGCGAAGGAGGAGCGCGGCGCCGGCGAUUGUACCCUCCGCCCGUUCCUCUCGUACGCCAGCAUCAUGAGCAGCUGUGGCGGCGGCGGCAGCAGCGGCGAGCUCGCCCCCGGGGACUCGCCAACGCUGCCGUCUGCGCUGAACAACAACAACCGAGACGACGCUGCCACGGCGCCGCCGACGGAAGGAGCAAAUAACGGCGGCGACGGCGGCGGCGGCGGUGGCGGUGCUGAUGGUGCCACCGGCAAAGACGAGGCGAAGACACCACCGUCGUUGCAGGCGGAUAGCUUCGACACCGGCCGGCUGACCGAUACGGUCGGGUGGGAAGGCUCGCCGAAGAGCCGCGGAGGAGUCGGCGACGGCGUUAGCGGCAAGGCCAGGGUCGUGGACCGGGCAAACUUCGACACGGCGCCCCUCCUCGCGUGCGGGGACAAGGCGUCCACGACGGUGUCCAGACCGGGCGGGGCUGGGGCUCGUGGCGGGGCUGGCGUGACCGGCGCCCCCACGGAGCUGUUCGACUCGACCAAGAAGUGGUUCGGCAGCAUGGGCAAGGGCGAUGUGGAGGGAGGGGGCCGGCGAGAAGUAGUAGGGGUGGUGGACAAUGGCGGCAACGCCCAACUUGGAUCUCAACUCGAGGGUACAGAGUGAGGGAGUGGGGGGGGAAGCAAGCAACAAAGAGUUUGGUGUUUUUUGGUGCGCCCCGCGGCAAGGAACGCAGGUCCCGUCCUCUAUUCUAACCGUGUGCUCACUGCUGUCGGGUGGUGGCUUCACGCCACGAGAGGCGUCCGUUCAAUCCGGCGGGUGGCUUCCGUGUUCUCCCAAAGCGAAGCCGGCCACCGUAGCGGUGGGGUCCGAUGAUAAAAUGAACACCUGCUCAACGCUAGCGUUUGUUAUCCUUCGUGGGUCGUGCACGUCGCGGAAACCGGACGUAAUUGUCCCGCGCGCCCUGUCGUACGUUUUUUUUUUUUCGACAUCACCAAUUUCUAUUUUGUUUUGUUGGAGGUCUACAUACAACAUGGAUCUCAUUGGCGAGUUCGAAGCCCCGUCACAGGGGAACAGAAAAAUACUUGGUAGUUUAUCGAUUGUGGGUGUCGCCCAGUAAGUUGCAGUAUAGAUUCGAGCGUGGUGUGUGAGGGUUUUUUUCCGCGUGUAGUGCCGUUUCGUAAAGCAGCAGACUCUUUUUUGGCAGUGUCGUUGUUGUUGUUGUUGUUGUUGUUGUUGUUGUUGUUGUUGUUGUUGUUGUUGUUGUUGUUGUUGUUGUUGUUGCUGUUGUUGACUGGCUUGUGUUCAUGUCUUAUAGUGGCGUGUAGCUUGUGUUCUCACCCUUUACCGUUAGUGUUGUACAAGGGAUGAGGCAUGGGCACCGGUUGUUGGUUGUUAAUCUGUGUCUUUUUUCGUGCUUCGUUUUGAUGUGGCGGCAGCAUGAGAUUUUCGCGUCCAUCAAUUCUGUGCUCGGUCUGGCUGUGUGUCCCCGUAUGCAGGGACAGGUAGUCAUGACGUAGCGGCAAACGUCAGGGUCAACGUUGUUGUAGGAGACGCGACUACGGUUACUCGUCUCUUGAUGUUUAUGUCAAGGUGUCGCUCAUGAUAUUACCUAGUUCUCCCGACUUUUUCGUUGCCGCUGUGCGGACGUUUUUGGUUGUUCAUCGAUUUGAUUGCGGCGGCAAGAGCUUCUCCUGCUGCCUCUACGCCUACGCAGAGGGGUGCUCGAAGAAAUAGAAAUGGGGCGAAUUUGUUCGAAGAACAAGCCCACACGGUUUUUGCUCGACGGAUCAUCUCCUCGCGCCUAGACCGUGUUUUUUGCGGCGAUUCUUGUGAGGAUGUCUUUCGAGAGAUGACUGCCGUGCUCCAAACACGAAAUCGCAAGGCAGCGCUCGCUCUGUUGCUUCGAACCCCUCCAGCGGGGUCGAGAGAAAAUGUAUCAUAUACACGUGUAUUUCACGUGGAAUUCGUGCCUUCGCGGCGCAGUCCGGAUCCAUCGGUAGUUGAAAAAAAACGUAUCUACGGGUCGAUGGUCGGGGGCAUGGAGCCUAGGCAGCCGUUCCCUGACGAGGAAGAUGAGUUUCAUCCAUCGUGCGUUUCCACGGGGGAUGCGAAGUUAAUGUUCUCGAUACAAUCGCCCGCGGUUUGAUGCGGCAGGCCGGCGGAGGUGGGCGAGUGCACGCCGUAGAAUAUGCCACCCGUGUUGUUGCCUUUUUUCUUUGUCAUGUUGUAUUUGACAUACUUUCUCUUGUCCGCCUUUUGUGCCUACCUUUUAUGCUAUCUUCCUCUUCGGAGUAUUAUUUUUUGCGUGUUUCUGCCUGCUCUUCCUCGUCUAUCGCCGCCGCCCGCCACGAGGUUUGGCCUCAUGCAGGGGGAGGCGGGGCGGGGCGCACUCUUAUAUUUUGCAUGCCAUAGCGGUUAGACCAUUGACAACGCGUCCUCGAGAGGACGGAGAAAUAUUCCCGCAGGACCGAUCAUCGAUGCCCAAUGGUUUUCCAAGCGGGGGGGGGGUUGCACUAAUUUUCAUUCCGAGCUGCUGUUAGAACAUUCACCGCGCGUUCUCGAAGAGGACGGAGCAUUUUCCCCACAGGACCACAGUGUACUGUGGGGGGGGAAUUACGCCAGGACAACCAAGCGUCUUGAAAGCACUUGGCACUUGCUGGCGCUGUUGUGCGUAAGGGGAUAAAGCGUGUUUCGGGGAGAGGGCGGAUAUUUCGGCAAAGAAAAUAGGUUUUGCAGCACGCUUGGGAUGAAUGAAUGAGAUCAUGAAAUUAGAAAAGGGAGGUAGGGUGAGAUGCGGGCAAGAAAUUUUUUGUUGUGUGUCGGAAGUAAACCGGCGAGGGAAGUAAGUAGGGUCGCAGGUGGGGUCGUAGUUAUCUUUUCCUUAAACUUCUAGUCGUACGCGAUUGUGAAGAUGCGUCGUACGACGAGCGGUGAGAGCCACUCUUGUUACAAUGCAAGUGGGCUGCCUUCUUCGGGAACAUCAUCACCUUGUGAUACGCCUGCUGCCUCCACGGCAUUUUUGGUCUGGAGUCACCGUCUUUGCCUGUGCACUCCGUCUGUGCUUACAACAACCACGUAGUGAGGGUGACAUUUUGAAGUAAUAUGCCGUUCGGUUUGUCCCUCUUUCUCAUAAUAGUAACCACGUGAGACCGAUAUUUUGAACGAAUACGGUUCGUUCCGCUUUUCCCUCUUUCUUGGGGCGAUCGCGAGAUGGGGGUGACGAUUUCGUGUGCACCGUCGUGUAGGGUAUGUCUGCGUUCAUGUGAUGGAAUCUCUCUCUCGUACAGCCUUAGAUGUAGCGUGUCGGUAGGGUUGGUUUUGGUCACUAGUGGUGUUGGUGAAGGUGAGGGCGGGGAGAGUUUAGUCUACUUCCUUGGGUCUUGAAUGCAUCUCUUUGUAGAGACCCAAGCACGGCGAGCUCCAGAGAUCGCUGACAAUCGGCCGCUGGUUGGUGCUUGUUCCUCCCAAUUGUAUGUGGCCGUAAGGCGUGUUUGGGAAUGGGGAGGGGGAGGCCUAAGUCAUAGUGCAAUAUACAGAGGAUACCUGGUGGUAAGAGUAUUUCGUAGGCUUGUUCGGCGUUUGAGAUGCCGACGUUGCUGACCGCCGAUAUCAGCAGCAGACGAUACAGAUACUGAGCCGCGACGCAAGUGUUGUCGAAGCAAGCUGUUGGUUGCUGGUGGUGGUUGGAUACUUCCUCCUGUAUGUAUCAGGGCGUAGAGUCAUCGUCGCCAAUAUUUUGCAUUUUUUUGCGUUCAGCCCAACAGUAUCAACGUACAAGGAGUUUUUACAAAUGUGUGUUGAAACAAUCUGUCUGGCGGACUGGAAGAGAUAAAGGAACGGUCGUUCUUCUGGUCACGCUUCACCAACCGAACUGUACAUCGAUUUGCACGGUGGCCUGUGUCUUGUUUUUUUUGUGGUCUGUUGUCGAAAACAACGGCUAACAGCAUGCGCUUGGGGAGGCGGUUGUCCUCCAUGCGCAUAACAACGCCCGCGAAACACAGUCUCCGUUUGCGCACGGUGGCCUCGAUGGUUUCCUCGCAGCCUGCCUGGAUGAGGGCCUGGGCAUAGGACAGGGGACGGCCUGAGCGUUUCAGCUUGCUCCAGCCGAUGCACCGUGUAAGGAACUGGCGGUGGGUCCAAUUGAGCUUCGUCUUCGUGUAGUGCUCCGCUGUUAGGCUCCACGAGGCGCACCCAUACAGGAGAGUCUCCACCACUUCAGCCUGGAGUAGCCGGAUCUUGAGCUGGCGGGUGGCCCGUCGCCUGUCGUACAUCGAAGCGCUGUUCCGGUGGUAGCACUUGCACGCUCAGCAGCUGCGGCUCGUGAUCUCCCGGUCGGCCUUCCCGUCCGCGGAGAUGGUACGUCCGAGUAAACCAUAAUCGACUUCGUAAGUCGCGAGGGAAGGGAUUGCUGUACCCUUCGCGCG